CCGCUGGGACUCUGGACACUGCGGUUUGGGAGGUCUCGCCGCGCCCUCCCUGAGGGCUUGUACUGCGGGGGUCUCAGUAGCUGGUGUACUACCGGGCCACGAGGAGCGAGCGGGACCAUGUGUGCAGAGCGCAUGCGCCCGGCGCCAGAUGUCAGCAUUGGGAAGGAUGCCAGCUCCAGCCGCCACGUAUGAGAGAAUCGUUUACAGAAACCCCUCUGAGCACCACUACAUGAAAGUCCGCCUAGAAUUUCAAGACCCUGGGGUUGGACUGAAUGCUGCACAGUUCAAACAGCUGCUUAUUUCAGCCUUGAAGGACCUGUUUGGGGAGGUUGAUGCAGCCUUACCCUUGGACAUCCUGACCUACGAAGAGAAGACCUUGUCGGCCAUCUUGAGGAUAUGUAGCAGUGGUCUUGUCAAAUUAUGGAGCUCUCUGACUCUGUUGGGAUCCUAUAAAGGCAAGAAAUGCGCCUUCAGAGUGAUUCAGGUUUCUCCAUUUCUUCUUGCCUUAUCUGGUAACAGUAGGGAACUAGUGUUGGACUGAGUAGUCUUGAAUUUCAGAAACAUUCCUCCACUCUCAAAAGGUACUGUUUGGUGCCAGAAUCAUGUCUGAAGACUGAAGCGCUCUCGAAGCUCCGGUUGCUGGACUUUGA